UGUUGAUUAAACUACAAUGAUAUUAUAGACGUCGUACGAUAAUACCACUACUAUUAAUAAUAAAAAUAUACCGACCGACGAGUAACGGGACGCCGUCGCAGUGAACGCAAUCGGACGGUUCUAUUCGAUCGGCUUCUUCGUCGAGAUGCUGGCCAAAAUCGUGAUCGUGUGUUUGGCGUUCUUGUCCGCGGGACGCGCCUGCGAAGAAAAUAACUUGCAGCCUUUGGAAACGGCCAAGGCGUCGGAAAAAUGGACGAGCCACGGUUUCAAAAUGUCCAUAUUUGGCAACCCGGACAAAUACAUACCGCAUUCGAUGUACAUCGUAACGAUCGAAAGUGAAAACUUUGAUUUUAAUUCGUUUCUGGUAACUGCGGAACGCGAUUGCUAUGGUACGGUUAUCGAAGAUUGUGGUGAUCCCGCAUCACCGGACCGCUCAGGUUCGCUUCAACUAUUACCGUCUGACGACGGUGCUACGUUCCACCCGGAGUGCAUUAACACUAUUGUCCAGUCUGAUCCGGAAGUCAAGUUACAAAAAUUGCGGUUCGUGUGGUCAGCCCCAAAAACCGGAAGCGGUUGCGUAUACAUAAGGGCAUUGAUAACCUAUGAAAACGGUUACAAUAAAUACAAGAAUAUUGAACUGUUGAAGGAACUAUGCGAAAUGUCUUUUGAUACAGUAACAAAGCCAAACACUCCGACUGAAACCGAAAGUUGUUGCGCUUGUGACGAAGCCGUUUAUGAGAUGAAAUUCGAAGGACUUUGGUCACCAGAAACUCAUCCAAAGGACUUCCCAAGUGCUUUGUGGCUUACACACUUCAGUGACAUAAUCGGUGCAACACACGAUAAAAACUAUUCCUUUUGGGCUGAGGGCCAGUGGGCUACCGACGGUGUUAGACAGUUGGCCGAAUGGGGUUCAACGGCAAUUUUGGAAUCUGAAUUAAGGCAACAGAAAAAACAUUUGAGAACUUUGAUCAAAGCCGCAGGGCUUUGGCAUCCACGAGUAAACGCUAACGCCACGUCUAAAUUCCGAGUGGACAAGAAACAUCAUUACAUCUCCUUGGCUUCUAUGCUCGGCCCGUCCCCUGAUUGGAUCGUAGGGGUUAACGGUCAUAAUUUAUGCGAAAAGAAUUGUCAGUGGGUUCAAAACAGAACUAUAGACUUGUACGUCUACGACGUUGGAACAGACAGCGGACGAACAUACAUGUCACAUAAUCAAGAAACUUCACCACAUGAACGCAUUUUUCGAAUCACCCCGUUGUAUCCGGAUGAUCCCAGAUCGCCUUUUUUCAACGAAAAUGGCAAUGAGAUGGCUCCUUUGGCGCGUUUACAUUUGAACAGAAUCAACGUCAUACCGAAGUCUUGUUCCGAUAAGGUGAUAACAGACUUGAUAGACGAACUCGCAGUGUCGGAAAAUUCACAAGAUGUAUUAAGGCCUGAAUGUGCUGUAUCGAAAUACUCUGAAUGGACCAAGUGCAACGUGGCUUGUGGAAAAGGCCUCAGAUCGAGAAGUAGAAAUUAUUUAAAUGAGACCGCUGCCCAGCAGUUUGGUUGUGACAGACAAUUGGUAUCGAAAGAAAUGUGCCUGUCCGCGGUGCCUAUUUGCCCUGGUGAAACAGAACAAGAAGAUGAUAGCCUGCUAAUAGAUGACGCAAAAUGCAACACCACGGAAUGGACACCGAUGUCCGAGUGUUCAGUAUCAUGUGGUAUUGGAUUUAUGUUCCGAACUAGACAAUUUUUAGAUCAUACGAGUUAUAAAAAGUGUCGCCACAUCGGACUUGUCAUGAAGAAGAAAUGCAUGCAACCAGCUUGCACUAAAGUUGCUGAACAGUCGUCUUUUACUAGCAUAUGUCCAGUAACCGAAUGGAGUAUGUGGAGUCCGUGCAACGUAACUUGUGGCCAAGGGUUGUCGGUUAAGUCUCGGUUGUUACUCGUGUCUGGUGAAAAUUACACGAAAUGUAUCGAUAAAGUCGUGUUAGAGGAAACACGAAUAUGCAAUGGAACGCGUCCUACCUGCGAAAUCAACUCGUCUCUUGCUAAAGAAAUAUGUAGUAUGGACAAAAACGAAGGUGCUUGUAACGUAAACACUGUGCGUUAUUAUUAUGAUAAAGAAUUUAAGAUUUGUAAACAGUUCAAGUAUGGCGGAUGCCGGGGCAAUGAAAAUAAUUUUAAAAGUGCCAAAGAAUGCUACAAAGUGUGUCGCGGUGUGGUUUGAAGACAUUACUACGUAUUUCAAGAAUAAGUGUCUUUAGGUAGCAUAUAUAGUUAUAACUUCAUAAGAUAUAUAAUAUAAUAAUAAUAAUGGGACGUUUAUAAGCGGUACAGACUUUUACUAUAUAUACGUACAACAACAGUACGUCGUACACUUAACGGGCCGGACGAAAAUAGUCAACAUAUUAUUUUUAUUGUGGAAUCGUAAUUAUUAUCACGAUGUUAUAUUAUUUCUCUACAACUAUACAUUAUAAAUAACUUAUUUAAAAAUCGUUUUUCUACAUCAGAACCGCAUUAAUUUUGUAUCGUUAUCAUAUUAUCGUUUAUAAAUUAGUUAUCACGAUUGCAAAAUAAACAAUUUGUUUUUAUUAUUCAAAUCAAAUAUCACCAUCACGUUUUUUACCGGUUACGAGGGACUACAUAGGGUCCUAUGGUCUUCGGUUAAAAAGUUUGGUAUAUAUUAUGGGAGAUGGUAAACUGUGACAAAAUUACACCAUUUCUAAAAUUCGAUAUGUAAACUGCGCAAAAAAAAAAUAAAAAUUAACAUUAUACAAACUGCGACAAUUUAUUUUAUAUAAUAUAUAAUAUAUAUAUAAAUAUUAUAUGUACAUAGUCGAUACGAUAACACAUAUACGUUAGUCAUUUAAUUAAAUAUACAUUUUAUGGUAUUGGUAUAGCUAUAGGUGAUGUACCAAAAAUGAUUUUUCUUGUAGAGUAAUAUUUUCGUUGUUUAAGACCAAUUUGGCUUUCUUAAAUUGUCGCAGUUUACAUAUCGACUUUUAGAAAAGGUGUGAUUUCUUCGCAGUUUACUUACAGCCAGAUUCACAUACCAUAUGGUCUGAAUUUUAAGUGGAUACCUGAGAUGGUACAUAUAUCUAUAUAAUCUAAACUAUAAAAUAUAUUAGACGAUUACGGUUUGUCUAAAAGCAAUAAAUUAUAUAUCGAUAUUGUUUUAAUUAUUUUUGUCCUAGUUAAUAAUUUAUGGGUACGUUUUUUUUUUUUUUUUAAUAAGGUAUACGUGUAUCAUGUAUAUGUAUUAUGCAUAUUAGUUCGUAUAUUGUUAACGUUUCACGGUUUAAACUGGUUUAUGUUGUAAUAGCUAAACGCUAAUUAAACACAGGCUAACAUAUUAUGAUGAUAUUGAUAACAUUUUGCAGCCAUCGACUUAAGGCUAUGAAUUUAAAUGUAAUUUUUUACAUUGGUUCAAGAGUAAAUCUCCUGGACUUGUAAAAAAUAAUUAUCGAGUGUUAUAUUGUUAAGUUUUCUACCUAUUUUAAUUUAACACGUAAUAUUUCUUGUGCAAGCACAAUAAAUGAAUACGAACAAUUUAA